AUGAGCAAGGUUAACCUAGGUUCAAGAAGAGAGCUCCAAAUCAAGAUACUUCACGUUGCUCCUAAGGUCAACCAAGAGAGAGGUAGUGGACCUCCAUUUGCUAAACCUACUUGUCACAAUUGUGAAAAGAAGCAUCAUGGGAAAUUCCUAGUGGGUACUAGUGGGUGCUAUGGUUGUGGAAAGCUUGAUCACCAAGUGAGAAAUUGUCCUACUCUUACGGCAAGAGGAAGGGAGGCUAAACAAGCUUCUCUUAAUGGCCCGAAUCUUGAUGCUCCAAAAAUGAACCAUUUGUAUGCCCUUCAAGCUAACAAGGACAAAGAAGCUAAUCCGGAUGAAGGUACCAAUUCUUCAAGUGCUCCUAAGGCCAACCAAGAGAGAGGUAGUGGACCUCCAUUUGCUAAACCUACUUGUCACAAUUGUGGAAAGAAGAAUCAUAGGAAAGUCCUAGUUGGUACUAGUGGGUGCUAUGGUUGUGGAAAGCUUGAUCACCAAGUGAGAAAUUGUCCUACUCUUACGGCAAGAGGAAGGGAGGCUAAACUAGCUUCUCUUAAUGGCCCGAAUCUUGAUGCUCCAAAAAUGAACCAUUUGUAUGCCCUUCAAGCUAACAAGGACAAAGAAGCUAAUCCAGAUGAAGGUACCAGUAAGUUAUAG